AUGUUGAACCGUGUCGAGAAGGAAAUAAUUUUUUUUACCAUUGUGAAAGGAAUUGAUGAUUCAACUGAGCUUGACGACCUUAAUGCAUGCCGAAGAGCGGCAAAGGGUCUGCUUCGAGGUGCUCAGCAGAAAAUGACCGACCUGGUACAUGCGGAGAAGCUGCGCUACUUUGCGGACAAUUUAAAAGAGGAUUGGGUCGACGUGGAUAGCAGCAAUACGAAACAUAAAUCCCUUCUUGAAUGGAUGAAAGCCUCAGACGCAAAACUAAUCAACUAUGAUAAACUGGCCGUUCAGAGUCGCAAGGAAGGCGGAAAACUAUGCAAUAUCGAACUUCAUGGUGUGGCGCUCAAAGAUUGCUUCUUCCUCCUUCGGCAAGACCCUGAAACCGGGAAAUAUUCACUCUAUCGCGAUACAAAUAUGCCACCAAUCCUUGUAUGGACUAAGUACUUCGGCUACUUUCGCGACCAAGCUGGUUCUCCGCUUACCUUCAUCAUUCUCAUGGAUUCUAAGAACGCUGCGCCGACUUUGACCAAAUUCAUCUGUUCCACACAUGAUGAAGUCGCUCGGUGGCAAAAGAUAUUCACAGAAGGGUUCGAUAACUUCGGCAAAGUAGUUGAGCCAGAAGUGGAGAGCAUGCUGCUGCAAAAGAAUACUAGGGUCCUCGAAGCCGCUGAAGAACGCAGGAAGCGACAGGAAGAGAAAUUGGAGUUCAUAAGUCAGCUUACUGCUGAUAUAUUCGCUCAAUGGGAUAUUCGUAAUACGGUAUUUAGGACCCUUUUUGUUGAUGAUGGCCUUAUCACAUCAGCGUCUCGGUCUAACAGCGGGCGUUCAACGAGCAGGGAUCAGCAACUGAACCGACGGUCUUUGACUAGCCAAUCCGAUAUACAGCAGCUUGAUGAUGAGCAGACGAGAGUGCGUGGUCUUCAUGAGAAAUUCAUGAAAAGCGUUAUGCGCUUGGCAAACUUAUGUAGUGAGGCUGACUCUACAUGUCUGAGUCGCAGCGCCUCUGAUGCUGCCGAUCGUCGCCCAUCCUGCUCCAGCAUCGCGACGCCGACGCCUGACGCCAGCGGUAGCAACGACUCUUCUAAAAGUAAAGUCGCGUUACUUCUCCUUAAUCUCUAG